AUGACCAACGACAGCAGUAUGAGGUCUAUCCUACUGCGCUUCGAUCUCUUCUUCGCCGGAGCCGAUGCAGCCAUGCAGAAGCGGCUGCAGAAAGCUCUGGACGUGAUGCGCAGCGCCAUUGACAUCUUCGGUCUAGAGGGCGUUUGCUUCAGCUUUAACGGCGGAAAAGACUCGACCGUGGUGUUGCACCUGCUCCGUAUUGUAGUAGCCAAGCGUGUGCUGGAGGAGGCGCAACUAGCGCACUUAAAGGCCGAGCAGGAAGCUGAGAACGGCCCCAAGACGACUGUUACCUCGCCGCGAAACAGCUUCGUCUCUGCUGACUUGCUACAAGAAGAGGAGCUCGAAGCUCGUGUUAAGACGCAAUUGCAGCGUGUUCCAGUCAUGUAUUUCGACUCGUACGACCAGUUCCCGGAGGUCCGGGAGUUCACAGAGGAGUGUAACACGAAGUUCGCGCUCAGUUGUCACGUCUACAAGUGCUCGUUCGUGGAAGGCGUCAAGGACAUCUUGGACAAGCUCCAGGUCAAGGGCAUCUACAUGGGUGUGCGUGGAGGAGACCCGUACACAGAAGACAUGGAGCACUUCUCGCCUAGCAGUCCUGGCUGGCCUCCUUUCUUGCGUGUCAACCCCAUCUUAAAGUGGACGUAUGAUGAUGUGUGGAGCUUCCUACGCGACUGUCAGUUGGAGUAUUGCUCCCUGUACGAUCACGGGUACACGUCGCUAGGAAACAUAUUCGAUACGGUGCAGAACCCAGAGCUCUGGAGGACAGGAGAGGACGGCAAGGAGGGGUAUUACCUGCCUGCGUACGAGCUCAAGGACGGCAGCUCGGAACGCUGUGGACGGCAGAAAAAAGCGCACACGACGUCAAAAUCUGAGUAA